AUGUCCUUAAUGAUAGGUGUAGUCGUGGCAAUUGCAACUUUUGUUCCACUAGCUGAAGCUAGGGCUUUCUUUGUGUUUGGAGAUUCACUGGUCGAUAAUGGCAAUAACAAUUAUCUAGCCACCACAGCACGAGCAGACAAUCCACCUUAUGGCAUCGAUUAUCCAACUCGUCGACCGACUGGCCGGUUCUCUAAUGGCUUAAACAUUCCGGACUAUAUCAGUCGACAACUUGGCUCAGAACCCACGUUACCUUACUUAAGUCCCGAGUUAACUGGGCAAAGGCUACUUGUUGGUGCCAAUUUUGCUUCUGCUGGAAUUGGAAUCCUCAAUGACACUGGAAUUCAGUUCAUAAACAUAAUCAGAAUGUACAGACAAUUGGAUUACUUCGAACAAUACCAGAGUCGAGUUACUGCUCUCAUCGGAGCUCAGCGCGCUAGGCAACUCGUCAAUGGAGCACUCAUCCUCAUUACAGUGGGCGGGAAUGAUUUCGUCAACAACUACUACUUGGUGCCUUUCUCUGCUAGGUCUCGCCAAUUUUCACUCCCUGAUUACGUGAGAUAUGUCAUCUCCGAGUACAAGAAACUUCUAACGAGGCUAUAUGAUCUAGGAGCUCGUAGGGUUCUCGUAACCGGGACAGGUCCGAUGGGUUGUGUCCCAGCAGAAUUGGCGCUGAGGAGCUCAAAUGGGCAGUGCUCGGCCGAGCUACAACGAGCUGCUUCCUUGUACAACCCUCAGCUCACUGAAAUGCUCGGACAGCUCAAUAAUCAAUAUGGUGCUGAUAUCUUUAUUGCUGCUAAUACAAGACAAAUGGCAAAUGACUUCGUUAGCAAUCCUGGAGCAUAUGGAUUCGUUACGUCAAAGAUAGCAUGCUGUGGACAAGGACCAUAUAAUGGGAUAGGGCUAUGCACACCGGCUUCAAACUUGUGCCCUAACCGUGACCUCUAUGCAUUUUGGGAUCCAUUCCAUCCAUCCCAGAAGGCAAACGGUUUGAUUGUCCGACAAUUCAUGACCGGAGACACCACCUAUAUGAACCCCAUGAAUCUUAGCACCAUCUUGGCCUUGGACUCCAGGACCUAG